AAAUUUUCACGCUAAAGUAGUAUUCUAGGCCGUAGGGCUGAAUGAUCGCGUAUUCGCUGCAUAAUUCAGCCCAUGGGAGCGUUCUAAUUAAUUGGUCGCGAAGCCGAGCUGAACCGCUUCGUCUCCUGUCUCGGAACCGAUGCCCGUGCCCCUUAUGAAUUAAGAUCUGAUGAGCCGACAGCCGUCUCUAUGUCACGAUAGGACUCCUGAUGUCACGCUGGUAAUCCUUAUAUUCGUCACUGAUUCGGGUAGCUUAAGUUGUUACUGACUGUUUUCUAAAAUACGGUGAAAGAAGGAUUCUAGAUCUCAGCUGAUCCAUUGAGUUAGGUACAACAGCAAGCUAUUCGGUAUCAUCUACGAAGUCCAGGCUGAUAAUUUGUUGGUCUUCGGGGAUCAAUCCUUCGCAAUUUCCACCGUAAGCUCACCGGGGCUAUCACGGGAAUCACUUCCAGGAUGCUAUUCGUCCCCUAGGAAAAAGCAAGCUUUGGCUCAAUUAUGAUGGCUUGGACAUCCAAGUGACACCUAAACAGAUAGUCAGCCACAGGAACUAGUAUCUAUCUGUAAGCUGAAAAGAGCUGCGCCAAGAAAAUAUAUAAACACUAGCACCUCGUCGACGGACAGACAAGAUGCAAUACGACACAAGCCAAGCUUUCGGACAACUACCGACAUCAUCACCUUGACCCCAGACUCUACUUGCCAGAUUAUAUCCACCUAUCCAAGCAACUCAUAAUGCAGUUCAUCGCGUAUAUCGCCCUUGCCGGUGCCGCCUUGCUAAACGGAGCCAAUGCUGCUCCCGCCGAACCGACUACACUACCAGGGCACAUAGUCUGCACCAGUGUCACGACCAUCACAACCACUGUUCCCCCGGUCGGAGUCUGCCACCCGGUGUGCGUCCCGCCAACUAGAACCUGCAGCUCCGGCGAGCCUACCGCUCCUCCUCUGCCUAUCGUCACGACUAGCACCCUCCCUCACUGUACCCAGGAGGUUGUGGUCCACGGCCAGUGCGGCGAAUGUGCUACCUGCCUGCCUGCCUCGACCCCAACUCCUCUGGCUUGAGUUUCGCCAAACUACCUAGACGGGUGGCGAUGUAGUUUAGCAGCAAGUUUUAGAAAGGCUUCAUGGUAAAGCCAUUGUUUAAAUUGGGAUAUAUCUUAUGGAAAGAUUUUUGCAUGCAAUAGAGUUCGAACUUCACAGCAUACAUGCAUACCUGCGCUGGGUACAUAGGUACAUACAUAGUAUAGGAGGAAAACACACGGGAAAGUACUUAGCUCUUAACUUUUAUUAAUUCACUCUUUUCAUUCCUACUCGAAGUCCUGUUUGUAUACCUCAUUUCAACCGGCUCAAAAUUGUGCCUAGGAUCUCUAGAAGACGAAAUAGCAAAUGGGAUUGGCUCAUAUGUCUUCUCCUAGUUAUUGUUGACUAUUAAC